UUCACGCGAUUCCGGGAAGAAUUUCGUUGUUUAGACAUCAUUCUAACUUGCUUUGUUACCAGGUGCGUUUGAUGUUGCCCGGAAAUGCCUCAGAUGUGGUAGAUCGUUUAAGUGAAAAAGCGCAGAGAAGCAAGAGCUGAAGAAGCAGUCCCAGGUCUUGGACUGUUUUAAUUCACAUUUUCUUCUUUCCUUUGUUAGAUCGGCGACAUUUAGUAUCAAAAAUGGUGUCUGCGGUGGCAAAUGGCUAUGAACAUUCGGUAAGGUGGCGCAUUGGUUUAUUUCACAUAAAUUUAGGGAAAAUUUUGAAUUGCGCGAAAAUUGCAAAAUUUAAACGCAGAAUCAUUAUAUUUAUUUCAUGCUAACAACAUUGUAUUUGAAGCACUAAAAUUAUUGCCGUCUGCCUUGCUAUAGGUGCCUCUAAUCAUGGACAGGUGUUUUUGCACAACAAGGUUUUUGAUUCAGGCCUUCUAAAAGAUAAAAUAAUUUCCAAAUAUGGUUCAAUUUAUCAAACCUUUGAUUGACCAGUUAACACAAUAUUGUUGUUGUUUGAUACCAGAUAAAUUUAUGUUUAUUAUUGUUUUAAAAUGCAACUAUCCUACCAACAAAAAGAACCGAGAGGGUUGGCAUCCGGCAGUUGGGCUUUUUGAUCCCAAAGCAUUAUUGUGCCAUUUGCAUAAUUGUUUAUUUCUUUCAAAUAAUUUAGAACUAGAGCAGUUCUAAAAUAAUGUAUUUCCACUGUAAACAUUUACCAGCUAUUUUGCUGCAUGUGUACAUGUAUAUUCAUACUGUGUGUAAAGCUUCAUGUUGGUAUGAUCCCAUAUUUACACCGUUUUUUCUUUUUUCAGUCCUUUGCCAGUCCUGUUGCUCUUAAAGAAGUUGAAGACAAAAUAAGAAAAGCUGUACAUGCCAGAAAUGUGAGAUUAACAGAGUACUUCAAGGAUUUUGAUAGACUUAGAACUGGUUUUAUAACAAGUAAGUUAUUUAAGUCUCUGUGAAAAUGAUGUAACAAGGUAUUUUUGCAAGUACAUUACAUUGAAGGGCAAAUUUCCUGAUAAAAAUUAAACACUCUGGUAUUUGAGGCCUCCCCCACCCCCUAUCAUUUCUUGAAGUUUAGGAAUCUCACUGGUGGCAUUUCUUUUUAAACCUGAUUUUCAUGUGUUGGGAAAUUCCCACUGAUCAUAAGGGAUUUCUUUGCUUCCUUUCACUGAUUUUGCAAGAGUUUUUUAAAUGAAAACACAAAAUUUACCUCAAAUAAACGUACCCCUAAUCACCUGUGUUGGUCAGGGAAAAACUGGGAAAAGCAAGAGGUAAUCAUGGCUUAGAUGAAAGUGAAAUCAUACAUGUACAAAAAAAGUCAACUCCCAAUAAUUCAAACCUUCAAGGGAAAUAGAAAAAAGUGAGAGUUGUCUGGAGUUCGAGUUAUCAAAGGUUAAAAUUAUAUAGAAAACGACCAUGGAAGGGAAAUGAAAAUUGCUUGGAGUUAGCGGCAGGUUCGAGUUAUAGAGGCGAGGGUUUGAGUUACUGGGAGGCGACUUUACUUCUGUAGUAGAAGGCAAUCAUUCUGAGAACUCACUUUUCUUUGAUUGGUACCCCCAAAAUGACAAUAAAUACCAUUUUAUUUUAUAAUGAGAACACACAAUCCCUUAAGUGCGUCAUGUAAUGAUUGCAUCACUUUUUUUUCUCAUUUCUUUGUUUCAGAGACUCAGUUUGACCGUUGUUUAGAUCAGUUAUUUGGAAUUGUGCUGAGCCCCGAGGAUGAUGCAAAAUUGAUGGAAAAAUAUGGUAGUCCUGACCCAAAACGUCGAGGAAUGGUCAGCUACAGAAAAUUCUGUGAGGUGAUUGGUGCAGGUACUAUCAUAUGAUAAUUUAUUUUCUAAUCUUUUUUGACCACUAUUAAUUAACACAUAAGUUUAGUAGUGUUGCUUAAAUAAGACAGAAUAUAUAUUGAGUUUUUUUUGUUGUCGUCAAGGUGGUCAGGGUAAAGUCAGUAAAUUUUAUUUUCUGGUUACAUCAAGAUCAGGACGAUCGAUUAUGAAUAAUUAAAUUUUCAGAAAUCCUUUUUAAAUUAAUGGCCAAUAAAAUCUGGUACUCUAGAUACAUGUACUUGUGAAUUUUCCAAAUCCCAUGAAUUUGAGUAAAGAGUUAAAAAAAUAGACUAACAAUAAUGUAUUGACGAUAAAUUGCGCUACCUGCUGAUAACAUUGCCAAUGGUUAAAUAAAUAGAAUGGCAUGAAUCUGUCAUUAACGAGAACUUCAUUACUUUUUUACUUACAGUUUUUAAUCCUGACAUUCUUGGUCAGGAUCCAGCAACACAGAAGAUCGGUCCUGAUGCCAGGUAAAAUUUUUUCACAACCCGAGUGUGUCAGUUUGUUCUUUUUAAUUAUGUGCUUUUCAGCUAUUCGAUCUUUUGCCUGGUGCAAAGGAACAUUCAUGAUUUCUGCUUUGUUGUAGCAAUAAUACGGUGAAUCGCCGUCCUUUAAGUCCAGCGUCUCUUUCAAAGUGUGAAAAUUUGUUGAUGAGACUGGCUCAGUUCUACAAAUACCAUGGAAUCAACAUCAAAACUUGUUAUGCUGACUUUGAUAAACAUCACAUUGGUGUUGUGACAGAAAGCCAGGUAGGUACAAAUAAUUAUCAGUUUGUAGACCCAGCACUCAAAAUUCAGAAUCCUUUAACAGUGUCUUUCUUUCUUUUACAGUUUUACAGAAGUUUUCCUGGUUCACCAGAUGUGACAGCUGAAGAGACAGUUUUAUUGGCAAAGAAGUACCGUGACCACACCCGGCCUGGGCUUUGUAACUACUACAGUUUCCAUGAAGACAUUGAAAGAAAGCAAAAUGGUAAAAAUAUGGACCUUUUUUCUAACUUCACAUUCACAGCCCUUUUAAUAUUACUGUCUUGCCAACCAGGAUGGGAAGGGGUGUACUCCCUGUCUUAUAAUGGCCUCCUAGUGAUUUCGUUACAAAUAUUUAUGGUGAGUCCUGGGACUCAUCUUCAAAUCGAUCGAUCAUUCUUUGCGUCCAAUGGGAUGCACGUCAUGAAUUAUUUUGCGUCUUUUAGAGAUUUUUAUGGCUCAGGAACACAGGACACAGAGGUAACAAAAUUACUGUCUUUGCUCAAAAGGCGUUCCAAUUUCAGGCUGAAGGCCUAUUUGAGGGUAUGGGUUUCACAAGUUGAAGUAGAUUGUAUAUGAAAGGGUAGAGGAAUUUGUCAUUUCGGUCUGUAAAAGGACCUAAUGCAUCAGUCAAUUCCACCGGCGCCCGGGCAUUUGCCAACCCCCGGGCCAAUCCCGAGCUUUUGACACGCACGUGGUUUCCUAUCAGAAUAUAAGGUUUUACUGGAAGAAAAGCAGAUUGGCUCAUUUGUCAAGGACAGAAAUAAAUUGUAGAGGGUUGUAAAGGCAUGUUCUCGAUUUUAAAUGUAUGUAUGCAUUUCUUCAUUGCUUAUCAAGCCAGAAUUACGUAGGGAAAUUGGAGCUAACGAUGUGAAUCAACGUUUUUUGGUUAUUGAAUCAAAUUGCUGUUGAUAUUAUUAUUUUGAAGAACAUCCUCUCAUAUUUAUAAAACUAUUCAUAACAUAUAACUUUACAGCGCUCUAUUAAUUUUAAUGUCAAUAAUUUUAUACCAAUACUAAAACCAUAUUAAAACUGGUGCAUGUCGUCGCGGCGUGAGGUCUUAAUUAGAAUCCUCGCGCUAUUACAAACGAAGACGUUAAUUAAACCAAAAAAAUCGCACAUUAAAAUGCUUAAAACGGCCCUAUUUGACUGUACGAUCAAUGAAAAAUGUUGCAGUGUUGACGGAGGACGGGGCAUUUGCCCUCUUUUUUCGUCCCCACCCCGGGGAAUUUGACAGCUCAAGAGUCCCCACCCCCGGGAAUUUGCCAUCCAAGGCAAAAAAAAUGCUAAUGCCCGGGGGUCAGCCCGGGGGGGGGGCCUGGGCGCAGGUGGAAUUGACUGAUGCAUAACAGGGCUAACAGGCACAAUCUAUAGGCCUGUCAAUCUGACAAGAAAACUUUCCGAGUUAGUAAUUUAUUCAUAUUUAAAAGACGGUGCAUUUACAGCGGUUUAAGAGGAUGUAGCGUUGUAAAUUAGUAUUUUAAAGGGGUACUAUUUGUCAAUACGAAAGGGGUCCCUUUUUCCCAAUAAACAAGCGUGUCCCCACUUGCUUCGCUAUUAAUUCGUUGCUCCUCUUCCAGUUUGCGUUGUGCGGAAAAUAGCCCGCGUAGCUUGCGGUUUUGUCGAUGGAUGAAUUCAAGGGAAGACUACAAUUAUAAUGGCUCUUGUAAUUUGUAGCACCCGGGGGGGGACUCCGCAUAUGAAUUAAACACCUAAAAGAGACCAUGUUAAAACACAGACAAAUGAGAAAACUUGGAUUAUAUGAAUGGAGUAAAUAAAGCGCAUUAAAAAGAUACAUAUGAAAUAUUAUAUUUUUAUGUUUUUUUCGCGUGCAACCCUAAACGAGACCUUCACGGCUAAAUAUGAUGGCGUUUUGCCCAGAACACCCUAAGUGAGACCAAAAUCCGAAAGUUACACCCCCCUAAGUGAGACGACGAGCAUCCCCACCCCUUUCAUAUGCGGAGUCCUCCCACCCCCCGGGGUUACGUCCAUACAAAAUUGAUGUAAAAGGCCGUUUACACGAAACGAAAUUAAAAUAUGAAAUUUCCUGAAGUUUACACCAGAAAAAAGAAAUUGAAGAUGAAGACAGAAACUGACUUCAUGAAGGUCGCGGUGGACACCUAGCCAUGAAGAGAGUCAUGAGGCAAAAUUUUGCUCGUUCUACUUCUGUUAAAGCGCUUAGAUCUCGCCUGUUUUAGAGACAAUUGAGCUCAAAUUGUACAGAGCCAUUACGAAAUGAUGAACGUUUAUGAGUUUAGUCUUUUACUUGGUAGGUUGCGCUUUACGGUGACGAAAUAAACCCUACUAGUGCCAAAUUAUGAGGACAAUGAUUCUGUAUCCACGUGAACGAUUGCGAAUCGAAUAGGAGACAACAAUUUUUUUUAUCAAUAAUCAGCGCUUUCAUGACAGAAGCCGAGUUUUCAAUUUAAAGUUUGCCAGCAAGUUAUUAUCGUUUAUAACCGUGAACAAGUUUGUCAUCCCUAAAUGUAGUGCCUCUAUGUUUUCCUUCCUUAAAGCGCUCUCUUAGAAUUCCGCAGGCCUAUGACAUGACACACUAUAUAUGUAGUACGCCUAGUUUACCUUUCUGCGCGGGGCCAGCUCAUGAAGGUUUUUAUAUUUGCUCCAAAUUCUUGUACUCAAAAUUUUUCGGAAAGACCAAGUUUGCGGGAAGUCCGACUGAAACGCGAUGAAAAUUGUGGUAAUUAAAUUUAAAAUCGGUAAAAGACAACGGGUUAAAACAGUAAACAAGUAUUUCCAAAGAUUUCCGAUAUAAAGGAACUUUGAUUUUUUUUAACAAGGACAAUUAGUUGAAAACAGUUUUCUGUUUUCAACAUAGCCUGUGUACACAGGUGAUUUUCAAUAUUUUUAGAUAAGAAUUGCCAUUUUGUCUCUCUGCAUUUGAUAACGUGCGAGUUUUUGUUAGACAUUUUUAUUUAUUCACUUGCUGUCGUAGUACACAAGUGAGGUAUUUCACACCAUAUUCAUGAAUAUCUCGCACACUUGGCAAGUGUACAUGCGUGCAUACCACUCGCACUCGUGCAGUGAUGAUCGGACAUUGACAUUACCAUCAAACCGAUUCCACGUGCGGGAUUGAAGUCAGACGAGUAACAAAUCACGGCCACAGGGUUGUCCCGGUGUCACAGUGAUAUGUGUAUCCCCGUGAUAUGUGUAUCCCCAUACACAUAUCCCUAGUGAUAUGUGUAUCCCGGGUGGGGAUACAGUAAACACUGAUGCUCAUCCACGAAACAAUAAGGAAAUAUCUUCUCUUGCUGAAGGAAAUGUCGUCGAUAUCAUCUAACAUAACUAGUAACACAACUAGGGUUAAGACAGGAGUCAAACAACAUGCAAAGGUGGAAUAUUGUGGCGCUCGUAGAAGGAUACACAUAUCACUGACCCGGCGCAGCGAUAUGUGUAUCCCCUGUUUUUCUUCUCUUGCUAAAGGAAAUAUCGUCCAUAUAAUCUAUCAGAACAACUAGUAAUACAACUAGGUUUACAGGAAUCAAACAGCUUAAAAGGUGGAUUAUUAUGGUGCUUGCACUGGGGGAUGCACAUAUCACUGGACCAGCGCAGAGAUAUGUGUAUCCCCUCUCUAUUUUUUGACUUUUCGAGUUAUCCCUUGCUGAAUGAAAUUUUGUCAGUCAUACUUAUUUAAUGCGACUAGUGACAUAUGAAUUAUAAUCACGUUGGAUAAGGAGAGGAGCGAGAACGAAUGUUUACAUCAACAUUGAGGCCCACGAAGAAGUAAACUCGCCAGAGACAGCUUUGCGAUUAUUUCGUCUCGAAUCGUUGCUCUUUUGUCGAUUGUGUUGCUCGUAAUCUUGAAUCAUUUGUAGUCCCUUUGACGAUGAUUCGCAAAAUUCACAAAAACAACAGAAAUAAAACCGACACUUGUUUGGAGGGGUGGGGGGUAGGGGAUACACAUUUCACUGGCAGCCAUAUUGGAGGGAUACACAUAUCGCUAGGGAUAUGUGUACGGGGAUACACAUAUCACGGGGAUAUACAUAUCACUGUGACACCGGGUCUAGGCAAAUGCCUAGCUCUUGUGUGUAGUAUCAAAAGAUUACCCCCCCCCCCCUUCCCGCGCGUCUAAAACGCGACCAGAUCCCCCACAAUUCUCGGUGGAAGGGUACGAGUGGGAUUGGCUGAUGUAUUACACUUUCGUUUUGGGGUUGCAGCUCUUGUCGCACGAUGCCCUGCGAGCAGAGGCCACAUUUUCGCUGUGUGAGCUGGCGUGCGAAAAGUAGCCUCUGCCGACAACCGUUCAAUUUGUAUCGUGCAUGCGCGAAAUUCGUUACGCGAUUCGCAAGCAAAAUUAAUCGUCAGGUCUGUCGUCAAAUGGCGCGAGUUUCGCGGGAAUAAAAAAAUUGCGUUAACUAGCUUUAACUCUGAUCUACCACUUCGGAAGUACUUUCACAUGGUACUAUUUAUUUAGUAUGUAGUUGUAACGUUUGAGUCGGUGGACGAAUUCCUGUGGUGUCACCAUUUAAAUGAAACCACUUCGAUUCGGAAGUACUUCAGACUGAAAUAUGAAAUGUUUCUCCUUUUUUAGAUUUAGCAGAACAGGAAGACUUCACAAAGUACAUUCCGAUACAGGACUUUAUUGAUGACAAUAGACGGGUAAGAGAUCGAGCAAAGUACCAGGGAUGUUAUCUUGGCGUCUUAGUCUGAAAAAAAAAAUCAGCCCUAGCCUGCGUGGCAGGCGUUCGAAAGUCGAGAGGAAAUGAAUUUGGAGACCUUUCCUUUCAAACCGGUGCUACCAGGCUAACACAGCGCGGAAGUAGAUCUUUUUAGGGCUUUGACAAGUUAACUUGUACUACAAGAAUGAAAUGAAAGCUUUUAAAACUUGUCGUGUUCACCAGAAGAGUUCCUUCAGGCGAAACAAUAAACUUUGGCACGUUGCUAUUUAUAGUAUCAAAAGGUUUUAUAACAUUUUUCACACCCUUUUCAUGUUGUCAAAGUUGAUUUUACCAAACACAGUUUAAAGGAGCUGUGUCAUGAAUUUGAUCAAAAUUCAAAAAGUAGGAACUGCUACCAAAUCGAGUGAAACAUAAAAAUAAUCGCUAAAAACGUUACAAGAAGGUUUUAAUAACACGGUAAAUAUAAAUUGAAGCACGGAUGGACAAACUUGAAGAAGAUUAAGACGGAUUGUAAUUGCGGGUUUUUGAAAACUUGCAAAUUAAAUUAACAGUUUUUCAAGUUCAUUUUUGUUGUUUUCAACGUUUGAUAUGAUGCUAUGGAGACCUAUUUGUUUGACAAAAGGCUCUGAUUUUGUCCUUUACAACUCUCUCCUCCGCAGAGUCCUCUUUGUAUCGUAGGGAGGACUGGAGAGAGGGAAAAAGAAAUCGCGAGGGGGACAAUGGGAAGGGCAAAGAGAAGAAGCCCAUUUCGGUCUUUUCGCUCUUCCCAUCGUUCCCCGCGCGCUUUCUAUUUUUCGAUUAGUGCUAUUUUUAUUGGGAUGCCUAGCGGGAGCCUCUGCGGAGGAGAAAGCCUUUACAAGUAAUUUCUUCGGUAACGUUAAGCUGAAAAGCGCUUAAGGCAGCAUAAUUGCUACUAACUAUGAACAAAAUGAAAUAGACAUCCAUGACAAAGCCCCCCUACAUUGAAAAAUAACUGAGAUGUUAUACGCUUUCUAAUCGAUGGAAAAUACAAUGAACACCUUGAAAAAGUAUAACUAAUGCACGUCUUUUUCUCUUUCUUUUCAUUUGUUUCACAUUUUUUAGCGCCCUGGAACACCGACCUUGCACGAAAUAUUUGAGAAGAUCAGAUUAGCUAUCCACAAGCACGGAAUACGAACCACUGAAUUUUUUAAGGACCACGACAAGUUAAGGAGUGGAGAAAUCACAGAAAAUCAGGUACAGGGUUGGUGGCCUCGCUCCCACAAAAGUAGCCUCGUUCUUAUGUAAUCAUCUGACUCGUCCCUAGUCGUCUUCGCGUGACGCGCGUUCCUUCCCAUCACACCUCUCGCGCCACUAAGGAGAGACGCAGAGAGAGACGACUGGGGACGUUUCAGUAUAAUCAUCGCUUCGCGCAAAACGAAGGCCUUGGAAAAACGCAUGUAGUGAACCGAUGUUCAGUUCAAAGUCCCGAUGACUUUAUGGUCUUGGGAAGUUAUCUCAUGUCUGUAUUAAACACACAUGACAAAGUUAGUUUUCCUGUCUCUUUAUAAACAAGGAGAUAAGGCUCUUGGGUGGACUUGAUCCAUGGCUGCCUAAACAAUUCAAAUGUUGGGAAAUUUUCGUAAAUUUGACAUACUGAGCAAGUUGGAACAUUUGUGGUGAACCUAAAAAGAACUUUAGUUAAUCAUCAGUGACAUUGUCAAUGCCGUUUGCAGUCGUAUUCGUCUGCGUCUGUUCGAACGCGAACAUCAAAGAAAGAUUUGUCAGUUCUCUUAUUAAACUCGGACACGGCCCCUCAGAAUUCAUAUAUUAGAAAGUUACUGCACCUUUGUCAAUGUGAGCGACUUUGAAGUUUAGGAGCGAUGAAGUUUAGGAGCGCAUAAAUUCAUGAACUUUCUUUGCUAUGAUUCACUGCUGUCGUCUGAAUGCAUUCCUUAGAAACGUUCUCGUUGCCGCCGUGGUCUUGGUUGCUUAAGUUCGCUAUUGUUGAGGGUCAAGGUAGAUUGUUUUGUUUUGUUUUGGUUCCUUGCAGUUUAUUUGCGGCCUGAGUCUUUGCUGUGGUACUCAAGCGCAUUUGUCUCGUGACGAGAUACAGAAGGUUGUUGACGUGUAUCGCCAGCCCGAUGGCCGAGUGAGAUACAAAGAGUUCUGUGAUAUAAUGGAGAAUGGUUAGUUGUCUCAAGUACUACAUGUACCACGUUAUCUGUAAACAGAUCAAAUUUCCCCCCCUUUUUUCAUUCAUGAGUAAAAAUCACAUUAUCCGGGGGCGUAAUGGCCUUGAAAAAAACGAGAAACAAGGAACUUUGUUUACGUAGACCAAACAAUUGCUACAUUUGUUUGUCAUUCAAUUAGAGAUAACUCUGAGAGCGAGGUUGCAAAGCUGACAGUUUUGUUGGAUAGGGGCAGCGGAGGUGAGCGUAAGCAAGUGGCGAAGCCGCGAGGAGAAUGGGACGAAAAUAAUUAUUAUUAAUUAUUGUUAUUAUAAUUAUUAUUUUGCAAUGUAUUGACCAAAUAUUCAACAAUAUGGAGUUUAAUCAUAAACUGCUCUUUUUCUCGUUUCUCAGCAUUCACAGUGCCAGAUCUUGAGAAAAAGCCAACUGCUGACGUUUACAGACCUCCCACUGGUGCACUGACAAAGGUACUUGAAUUGCUUUGAGCAAACUAAAGUAGACAUCAGGUUACUGCGUAGUGUGCCCUUAACAUUCUGUGUGUUGUUUCUCUUUUUCCAUGUGACGUCACAGUGGAAUAAUAAGGUUUUGUUUUUUCUUCAAUUACUCAUUAAUAUUUAGUGGGUAUAUUUAACAAUUAUUCCACGAGUGCGUGUUGGAUAUGAGUUCGCUAUAAUCAUCUCAUAUCCAAGAAGCGCCAGUGGAAUAAUUGUUUUAUUAAAAACGCCCACAAAAUAUCGAGAAUUCUUCCCGACUUUAUUUGUAAAAACAACCGAUUUUUAACUGGUUUUUAAUUUUGAACAGACGAACACAGUACAAUAUUUGGAGAGCAUGGUAAAAUGGCCUCUAUACCAUGAUGGCUAAGCGAAUCAAAGCUCUAGAAUUGCAUUAUCCAAUGAUUCAGAUUUUAAUAAUAUUAAUAGCCUGCGUCGCGGACAGUCUAAAUCCCCAAUAUAGACCACAUCGAGUGCUCUAUCUUGCCUGGUCCCGAGGCCCCAUUAUUAUGCGCGGCCGAUGCGUUUCGGGUCACGUGGUCCGAGAAAGUUUUUUUUCCCCCGGCCGUUCGUCUCGGAUACGUCACCGAAAUGCUUUGACCGAGAGGGCUGGAAAGACGCCGUACAGGGACUAGGCAAUGCUCUAUCUAGGUCUCGCGUGACAAUUUCCGCUGGAAAGCAGGAUAAUUAUCCAAUUGACUUCAUGAAUAUAAACACGUGUAAGGACACAGCAAACUGAAAAGUCAGGAGAGGCUGUUAUGUUUUGAGUUGCUACAUUUCGCGCGUUAAAACGUUGUUACAUUUUGGGUCAUUAGAGUUGUUACAUUUCUGGUCAAUAUUACGUUUUGCGUCAAAAGUUUUUUUAUGUUACAUUUUGCAGCGUAAGAGAAAUGUACUGUUUAGCGCUACCGAAAUGAAAUAUUUCAGGGACGUUUUUGAAGCUGUUUAAAACACUCAGCACACUUUUCAACCAGUGAUAAAACAUUGUUGUUGAUGUAUAAACAUUACUCAAUAAUAUUAAUGUUGUCUAGAUCGAUAUUCAGUUCAUCACUAAUUUGCACUUCGAUUAGGUGCAAUCUAUGGCAUUCUUCUUUCCACAGUCAAUCCAAAAUCUAUAUUUAAUACUGUUUAUUUUAUUGAUUUUACAGGCACCCAAUCUGCUUUCUCCGGCGGAAGAACAAAGAGUUAAUGAAGUACUGAAGGGGUUUGCAGAGACCGUCCGUAAGCGAAGGCUUAUGGCUUAUCCUUAUUUCAAAGACUUCGACAGGGUAUGUAUUUUACCCUUUGAUCUAUCAGGAAACUACAUGGCAGGCGUCGAAAGCGUUAGGGUGCGGAGGGAUGAAAUUCGGACAAAUCUUGUAGCUAAAAUACGGUAUCCGUAACAGCUAUGGUAUUCAAGUGAACGAUGAACCUAUCCUGCGAAUACAGCCGUCGCUCCUCGCCGCUGAAACGUCUCUAGCCGCGAGGAACAAGGAGAGAAGGCUGUAUUCGCGGACUGAAAAAUCAUGUAAGCAGGACACUGUAGCAAAAAACAGUUAGAGAUUAAAGGUAUCGCUAGUUUUGAUGCGACUUCAAUUUUUUUUCCCACAUUUUAGAGUAAAGGAUACACUCGUGGUGUCACUAAAACUCAGUUCGCGAGAAUGCUUCACUUCCUGUCCAUCCACGUACAGCCACAAGAUUUAGCUGUAAGUAUUCACCUGUUUGCUACCUUCAAACAGUCAAUCGAUCUUGGGUCGUUCCAUCAAUUCCACAACAAAGCUCACGUUCCAUCCCGUCGACGAAGGCAACUGCCCUUCUUUUGCAUCUGUGUCACAGAAAAGGACAAUUGAUUAGUGAGGGUUCUUCAAUCCCGUCUUGCCGACCAAAGUUUUCGCUCAAACUCGUAAUACCGCUUUCCCGUGCAUACUUUCAAACCCGAAUCUCAUCACCAUUUUUCUUUAAAAUCCCGAAUUCUUGCCUUCAAAUAAAGGCAAAUCCCGCAUCCCGAAACCGAUUGGGGACCCUAACAAGUGUGGAUCAUCUCAGACAGGCUUUUUCUCUCUUGUAACGGUAAAAGAAAACUUCAAAACACCUUGUUGCAUUAUGGUUUAGUGAGGUAAAUUUAUAUGAAGUAUCUGAUAGUUGCCAAAUCUUUUGUUGACAUAGUAGAAGAGGGUUGAAAGUUGGCCCAAAGUUUUAAGUCACCAUUUUUCAUUCAAGUUCUCUAGGAAGAGACAGACGUUUACAAACAGGUUUAUCUGCAACUGUUCUGGCAGUAAAUCAGUAAUACGUCGUUUGUUUCUUUUCUUUUUUUCUCAAAGCUCCUUUGCAAGAAAUUUGAAUAUCCCGUAGGAGGUGACAUAAACUAUUCCGCCUUUAUUCAGGCUAUCGAUUCAGGUAUGUUUUAUUUUUAAAAAAUACAGUCGUCUCGUAUUAUAAAAGUGUGAGUCUUUGUGUAGUUAUUCGCGCUCGUGCGCAAAUUAUUAGAUAGGAAACGAAUGCUAGGCAAGCGAUUUUUUAUUCGUCUACUCAGUUACCCACUCAGUUCCACCAGUAACAAUAUUUCAAUUUUUUCUCCAUCUUUAGAAUACACUGGAACAGCAACAACCAUUUCUGACUUUGCGCAAAAAGACAAGUAAGAAAACAUCUCACGUUUGAAUCUACAAAUCGAUACAAAUAGCCGUUGAUUGCGACGCAACAGUUGCGUUACGAUCAUUGAUGUUAAGAUUUUCUUUGAUUUUAUCAGUUUCAAUUGCACUCUUGUAAACAGAAAUUUCUUUUGUCUCUAGAUCUUCAGGUGAGAGUGAAGAGCCGCGCCCACUGGAUCUCAGCUCGGUUGACAGACAGGAGCUGAUUGAUCGCAUUAAACAUUACGUGCUGGUCAACAGAUUAAGGGUAAGUAAAGGUGAUGUUACACGGGACGAUUCGCAACGACGAUUUUCGGCGCAACACAGCGUUACAACAUUGAUGCAACAUUGUUUCGAAUAUCUGCAACAUUGUUCCAACACUGCAACGCUCAUGUUAAGACCUCCUUGGCGGUUACGUAGUUAUUCCUUUUAUUUGGAGCUGGCCGUGCGGGCUCCCUGUUAAAAUCUUUACCCUCUGUAGAGCUGAGCCUCCCCACCCCACCCACCGUUCCUCUUCCGUCUUUCUGCGUUGGUGUUUGACUAUAGCUUCAACUGAUUGAGUGGAAAUCAGGCGUUGAUUGGCUACCCGAGCUGCAAGAUAGGCCUCUACAGAAUUCCUGAUUUAUUCAGGCACGAUCAUGUAUUGACGGAGCUUAUUAGAUCAAGAUAGCAAGACAUUGGCCCCGCUCUCCAGCCACCCUGACCUCACACUUUACAGCACACUAAUCUUUGGGUCUCCUGUGGUUCGUUGGGUGUCCUGUCGCUAUAUAGGCGUUUAAAUGUCCAUUUUUGUGACAGAGUAAUUUUAAUCAGAAAUGGCCAGCGGUAUCAUUAUAACUUGAUUUACAAUCGUAACACAGCUAUUGCAUCAUUCUAAAUGCGCUAAGUCUCGCAUAUUGUGGCCCGCGCAAACAUCUUCAAGUUAUUUUCGUGUGACCCAAAACGAGCCUAUUAAGACCCAAAUCACAAAGAAGUAGAACUCGUGAUUGUAGGACACCCUGUUAGUACAUUAUCCCAUAACUGUUAAUUCGGCCAAUAAAAGGGUCUGUAAUUAGCAAAAUCUGUAUGCCAGUUCGUCGAAUCUCAGAUGAUUUUUUACUGCCCAGCAUCUGCUCGUAGCAUCAUAACGCGUGUUUCUUUCUUGAUAUCAGAGAGACUAAGCGUCGCGUUUACAGCAAAGGGCAAACGUGAGAUUCAAGCUGAGAAAUUUUCAAAAUGAGAAAUGAGCAGAUAAAAACAGCUGAAAAUAAUUCUUAUGUAUAGAAUUAGCGUAAAUCUACCGAUUUUCGUGGAGUUAUAAUGAACAGUAAACGACAAGUAAAUGUAAAACUUGGUCCGGGGUACAAAUUCACGUUUGCCGUUUGCCGUAAACGCUAUAGCCGUAAUAGAGAGUUUAAGCUUCACGUAUACGGCAAACGUCAGAUUCAAGUUAAGAAUUUCUCAAAAUAGGAAAUGAGCAGAUAAAAACAGCUCAGAAUAAUUCUCAUGGAUAAAAAAUUGUGUGAAAACUACUAAUUUAUGGGUAGAAAUAUUGAACAGUAGACGACAAGUUAUGGGGAAACUUGGUCACGUGGAACAAAUUCGCGUUUGACCUAAACGAGAUGAUUAACCUCUCUAAACUCUCUAUUAUGACUCCAGGUUGAGGAAUAUUUUCAAGAUUUCGACCCUCUUCGUCAUGGUUCCAUUAGUCGCAGUCAGUUCCGGCGAUGCUUAAGCUCCAUGGGUCAACCGAAUUUGACAGAUGAACAGUUUGAAGUACUGGCCCAGUACUACAAAGAUCCAAAGAUUCCCGGUAACAUUAUGUGGACUAGAUUCCUGACUGAUACUGAAAUGGGUGAGUAACACUUUAUGCUGGCAACCUUACUGGAUCAUUAUACGUCUCUGGAAAACUGCCCACCUACCCCUUCCCUAAGCCAACAUUUUGCCCUAAGCGAGAAGUAAGUGUUAAUGUUGGGUCAAGGGAAGGGGUAGGUGGGCCCGCUUUGCUCUUGAAGGAGCUGCGUCGCGAAAUUUAUCCAAAUUCAAACAGUGAGAGCUGCCACUAAAUUGAGUGAAACGUAAAAAUAACCACUCAAAACAUUAAAAGAAGGUAUAGAUAACACAGCAAACACAAAAGAAGGCAUGGAUGGACAAACUUGAAGAAGAUUGAAACGGAUUAGAACUGUGGUUUUCGAAAACUUGUUAUCCAAACAGUUUUUCAAAGUUCAUUUUUUUUGUAGCGUUACCAAAUAUAAUGCUUCGGAGACAUCAAUCUGCUACACAGCCGUUUUUAGUGUCGUCACGCAACGCUGUGUGGAGGAGCGUUGCGUGAUGACACCGAAAACGGCUGUGUAGCAGACUAAGGAGACAUUGGUUGACUCGGAGUAAUGGUUUAGUAAGUCACAAGUGAUUUCUCAAGUUCCUUUUCGAACAAGGACACGUAAUUAGCAUUUUGUUAUACAUUGUACUCACUAUCUGUCUUCUCAUUGGCUAAGAGUCUACAGCUAAUUUUGGAAAUCAGGGCAACCUACAGAUUAAUUAGUUUUCUACUGGCAGAUAACUGACUUAUCUGUAGGUUGCACGCGCAAUGCAUGAUUUCCAAUAACAAUAUAAAUUUAGGCUCCUUGCGACGAUGUGUUUAUCGUUAUUUUCUUCAAAACAAUGUAUUAAAAAAACAAUUAUAAAUAAUCAAGGUCUCGGUAAGUGUUAUCAGCCUCCGCCUCCGACGCGGCUGUUUACACUUUCUCGACCUUGAUUAUUCCGGAUAUCCCAAAAACCUCAUCCAAUAAUUGUUUAUUAUCAACAAAGUGAACCAGACAGCCAUGACAGUCAGCCCUUGGUGAAAAUUGGGCGGAAUUCGCUCCUAGUUAGGCCCUUAAGUUUUCGAACCAUCAAGCUAAUCUCUAACCAUAGCUGAUUUCUUUGCUCAUUGUACAAUGAAUUUUAUCCCUCAAUAUUUCGAACUUCUGUUCUUUUGAACCUAUUUUUGCUUCCGUCGACGGGGAGCCACAGGGGAAGUGGAGGUGAAAUUCAAGUUCCAGACAGAGACGUAGUGGCAAGCUCUCCUUCCUUUUCCCACCCCGUCGCCAGAGCUCCCCAGAGAGCUUGCUAGCAGGCUAGAGGGAUCGCAUUGCAUUUUACAUUUAGACAAAUCUGAUUCCAAAACUGAAACUCUCAUAUUGAAGACCAAGUCUGGCAAGUGGAUGGAGCCAAGAUCUAACUAAUGCUAACACUUUCUUUACGCAGUAUUUACACGCCGUGGACUUGAGAAGGCUCCAACAUACGAAGUACCCUCCAUGGAGACCUUCCAAAUGAGUAGACCUGGGGCGGGCUCAGAUCGCCUUUCCAUGGAAGACGAGGAGUUCCUGCAAAGAAUCACACAGCGCAUGCGCCGAAAGCUGAUUGAACAGCGGAUUCUAUCUAAGCCUUGCUUUCAAGAUUUUGACAAGUGAGUCGUAACAAUUUAAGCGAAAAAUAGAUCACGUUUUGAUUACCACGAAAAUGAAAUUGAUUGCAAUUUGAACGAAAGAUGUGGCCAUCUAGUUUCAUGUGAUUUUUUUUGAAGACGUUAUUGUAGGUUGAACACAGAUGAGCUUACUGUGAUUUUACGCUUUGAAACCUUGCAAAAUACUAGUUACUUUUUGCUACCUAUACAGGCAUAAUAACGGUCACGUAACCAAGAUCCAAGCCAGUCAAUGUCUACACACGCUUGGCCUGACAGAUGAUCCAGAGGAGAUAAAGGUAACGAAACAAAAUUAACGAUGGGACCUGCCCCUCCCCCCUCCCCCUAAGAAAAAGUGGUGCGUUAUCAUAUUCGAUUUACAAUUAUUGUAAACUUGGCAAAUUUACCCACUACUGUUCAAUUGCUUGUAUGCGAAUCACGCAUCACACUUAAGAAUUCCAUGAUCAGACUUGAAGAUAUCAUUUCAUACAGAGUAUGAAAGUAGUAAGUUAUAAGAGCCUUUUACAUUGCAAGAAAGACUGCCACGAGGAAGUAUUGCUUGGUAGCUUUCAUUUGAAUUCUCAGGUUUUAGGAUUUCAUGCGCGGAGCAGAUUCAAGCUGCUGAUCGCGUCUGUCAUCCCAGUGACGUAGGUGUUUUAUAUGCCAUUUUUUCAUCGUUUUGUUAUUUUUUGUUGUGCAGAUCUUACAGUCCCGCUACUCAGAUGAUAUCGGCUUUAAUUACAUUCAGUUUCUGGAAGAUCUUCAGGUAAGAGGAAGUAACAUAUUUUGACGCGUUGUCUAGCAAUCAUUAGAGAUGUGUAGCACAAUUUGAAACUGCAUUCUCAAGUUCCAUAAAGCAUUUAUCUUAAAUUACAUGCAAAAAUUAGCGACAUUAACACCUUAGAUUUGUGCAACCAAAAAUGUUCAAAUUAUAGUCUUUUGCAAUAACCAGAGUUGUAGUGAGCUAUAAGACAAACUUUGUUAAGGCGGCUCGAUGGGGUUUUUUCAUGGUCAAUACCUCCGAAAUUUGAGCAUAAACUACGUCGCCAUUAACAAAGAUUUGGAAAAAUUACCACCACAGCUGUAUUAGAUAAAGAUGAAAAUUUGUUAUGAUCAGGGUUACAAUGGCAUCGGAGUUGUCAUAGCAACAAAAUAACGUCAUUACUUAUUUUACUUGCAGCUGUAUUUCUUGGCACCGGGAGCUAUUCUUCCAAAAUCGUUCGCGGGAGUUUAUUCUUCCAAUAGCCGCUUCGUUGUCCGUGAAGUUUAAGCGAAAUCCCUGAGAGCGUAAUCAAGAUAUUUUGGGAUGAAGUUUUUAUGGUCUCAAAUACGGUAAAAACUGGGCAAUCUAUAUGUUUGGCCAUUAUCUGUAGAAAACGAGUGCUUUUAAAAUCAACUUUUACUUCAUAGUAGUUUCAGUCUCAAGUAAAAUAAGUAAGGGAGUCGUUUCAUUGCUAUGACAAUUCCGAUGUCUUUGUAACCCUGAUCAUAACAAAUUUUUCUCUUUAUCAAAUACAGCUGUGGUGGUAAUUUUUCCACAUCGUUGUAAUAGUGACGUAGUUUAUGCUCAAACUUGGGAGGUGUUGUCGUUGAAAACCCCCAUCGAGCCACCUUAAACUAAACAAAUCUACAAUGGCCUCGUUGCCAUGGCUCCCCUUUCCCUACUCUCCCUAUUUUCCGCGUUUUAGUGGAGCCUGCGUGUUAGCUUAUGCUUUUAAGGUGAUGUUACACGGGACGGGGCGAAUUGCAACGACGACCACAGCGUUGGUAUGUUGGAACAAUAUUGUAACCUUUCGAAACAACUUGGUCGCAGCAAUGUUGCCACGCUGCAUUGCGCAAAAAAUCGUCGUUGCGAAAUCGUCUCCUGUAACAUCACCUUUAGUCUUACAUGAGUGGUGAAGUAAAGUCAUAUAUUCUAUUCAGUUGUUAUACAUGUCUAUUGUGGCCCUAAAAGUGCCUUUAGUUCCACACGGCUCAAAACACCGAGGGUCUGUUAGACUGCAAAACAGUCCGUAUUUUUGCGUAUUCAAGUACGCGCGAGCAGUCAAACAAAAGGUCUGGAACGAGGCUGACUACGGGCGUGUGAGGCUCGCGCGCUUCGCGCGCGUAAGACUCUUACGCCACACUUUACCGACUUCUUUACUGAUUUUGAGAAAAAAACCGACUGUUUUGCAGUCUAAGGGUCUGUUUACACGGAGGGACUGGGUGCCCGACUGUGAGCUACCCAGAGAGCCAAACUUUCAUUUCCUUUGUGGUGCUUUCAUGCUAGAUGUAUAGAGGCACCCUUUUCGAGUUUUCCCGCUUCUUGUCUACGACUCUCUAGUAAGCAAAUAACUCGUCCUUGAAAUUGUCUUUAGUAGUCAAUGGAACAUUUCUCUCAUUACAGUGAUCUCUUUUUCACGUUUUUUUUCCCUAUCGGAUAGCCGUCAGAGAAACCAGAAAUGAAAUACCUUCAAAGAUUAGAAGAGCUGAAACUCACAAACCAGAAACACCUGCCUGACUUGGGCGACAACAACUUCGAGAAAAUCAUGUACAAGAUUAAAUGCAAAGUGAUGAAGGAACGAAUGAGGCUCAACGAGUUUUUCAAGGAUUACGACAAGCUUCGUACUGGCAGAAUAUUAAAGACGCUCUUCCCAAGAGCCAUGGAUCUUUCUUCCCUUAAGCUGACAAAAGUUGAGGUGGAACAGCUUAUGGAGAGGUGGGUUAAGAGAGCGCAUAAGGGAAAGUGACCUCGGUUUGUUUUAUUUGUUUGCUUGUUUGUUUGUUUGUUUUUUGUUAAUGACCGGUGCAAUGGGAACAAGAGUUUUUUUCGUAAAUCUUGCAGUUAUACCUCAAGCUUGAUUACCGAUUACCUUAAAUUCUCUAUAAAGCCCUCCCUCCUCAAAUAAGCCCCCCUCUUCAGGGAGAAAGAGAGUUUUCCAAUAAAUUUGCAUAGAUGCUGGUCACGUGAGUGAAAACGCUCCAUAGGAAGUUAUUCCGUAAACCAAUCAGAAGUUCAAGGCAAAUACAUUUUACGACAACGUAACGAGUACAGGAGACCUAGUUUAAACUAACCAAGACAGUGGACGUGUCGGCUUAUAAAGGAGGAAAUAAAGGUGUUAAAACUUUUCAAAAGAGAUUAAAUAUUGACCGUUACUGUUCACGCUCUCUUUUUCAGAUAUACCGCAUUUGGCUAUCCAGACUACGUGACCUACACAGCAUUUGUGGAAGAGAUUGAGUCUAUUUUCACCUUAAAUAGUACGUAACAGUUUGCUUUAAUAUUGUCCUAAGCUAUUUCUACACGUAAGGCUAUCUGGUAUUCUUGGUUUGCAACCACGUGACAAGGCGGCCAUGUUGGGGUCAAACCAAUAGAAUUUUUUUUCGCGAAGAAUUCACAUGAAAAUAGAGUUUAGUUCCCAAAGAAGAGAAAUGCUUUUGUUCUUGACCACCAACAUGGCCUGGUUUUCGAGCCUGCGCAAAAGCUAUCCGGUAUAGCGUGAACAUAACCUUAGUAUUUAGCAAAUCAAUGGAUAGAAAUUUUCGCACGUUUUGAUUGAAUUCCGCAACUCGAAUUAUUCUGGGCUAUUCGCCUCCCCUUCGGAGGAUAGCUGUAUUGUAUCAUUUAUUUUAUCUCAUUUUAUAAAUACAGUAGAACCUUGGUUACUCGAACUCUGAAGGGGAACGAAGAACAGUUCGAGUUAUCGGGAUGUGAGAGUUUACUGAUAUUUCAGCAAUUUAGUAUAUAGUAGAGUGCGAAUAAGGGCCUGUUUACAUGGAGGUGGGGAACCCCAGGUAGGUGAGGUAACCCGCCUCUCCACAUAAUCUCUUAUUUUAAUUUGAUCACGUUUACAUGAUAGGUGGGGCGACCCGCCACAUGUUACCUCACCUAUCUGGGGUCCCCCACCUCCAUGUAAACAGGCCCUAAGACGUACAUCAUCAGAAAGUGUGACACGACUAUGCAUUUUUAUGAUAAUAAUGGGAAAUGACUGUCAAAUAGGUGAUCUGUUCGUUGUACUUAAGCUUAUUGAAAACAAGUGCAAAUUGCUGUACUGUUAGUUUUAGUUUUUUGCAACGUACACACCAAGAAGAGCUAAUGGGAUAACAUACGUGGUGAGUUUUCGAGUUAUCGAGGUAAAUUUGAUCAAGGGAAAUGAAACUUAGCUCGAGUUUGCGCGGAAUUCGAGUUGUCCGAAUAAAAAUGACUGAAAGGUAGGGUCAAAUCCAAGGGAAAUGGGACUUAGUUCGAGUUAGCUGGGAGUUCGAGUUAUCCGAGUCCCAGUUACCGGGUUCUACUGUACAGACAAAACUGUUCCAAAACUCAUCGCCAAUGUUCUUCCUCGUUCGAUCUUUUGAAUGCUGACGAAUUCCUUAAGUUGAAAUUUUAAAGACCGUAUCCAAGUUCAACAAAAAAGGGAGUCCUUUUUUUUGUUUUCUUGUCUUUCUCUUUAAAACUUUACAUGUCAUAGUCGUGCGAUGAACGCAAAGAAAUGUACCGAGAAGUGUGAUGCACGUGCAGAGCUGUUGUUUUGCUUGUUGUUUGACACAUCGCAUUUUUCGACGUCCUAUCUUCCUUCGUCAUCGUGGUAGCUUUGAUUAAGCUCCCAUAUGAUAAAAUAAUAGGUUUAAGACUCAAAAAUAUAUUAUCAGAGUGUUUAAAAAGCCAAGUUAAAACACCCGAGACAAACUUUGAAAGAACUAUGAGGCUAAAGAGAUUUUCAAAAUCAUAGUGUAAUCCUUGGUGAUCUGCCUCAAUUUAAGCCAUGCGUGUCUUAAGUAUAUUUUCUGUGAUAACGGAAUGUCCCUUUACUGCUCAAACGGUAAUUUUCAUAUUUCACCUAAUUUGGAGGCCAAUUCUUAAUUUUUGAACUUGGCUUAACUAUGUGACACAGCUUAAGAAAAAUCUUGAAGAAAAAGUGUGGGACUUACUGAUUGAGGUCUGCAGUAUGGCCAGUCCGAGGACUUAAAUUUCUCUUCCUUUUUACCUUUUAGACCUUGAAAAAGCACCUCUGGUCGUCCCAGUUCAAUUCCGUCCCAACCUAGAAGGCGAGGACAACAAACUGACCGCAGAAGAGGAGCGUCUCUUGGAAAUUGUCAUGCAUCGUUUGGCAGACCGCGUGCGUAUUCGCCGCAUUCAAAUCUUCCCGCUCUUCGAGGACUACGACCGAGUACACAAUGGUACUGUCUCUCAGUUCCAAUUCCACCGCGUCCUUAGCGAGCUUGACCUAGGGAGCCUGGUGAGCGGGCGGGAAUUCUUGGUGGUAAAGAAGAAAUUUCUCGUUGUCCUUGGUUACAAGCACGACUUUAACUACAUUGGGUUCUGUGACAUGGUGAACGACUUUGCAAAUUUUGAGUUUGGAAAGCCGUAG